GGCUGCUGAUGCUCGUCCUCAGCCUUGUCCAUCUCCAUCUCCAUCCAGGACACCUCCAUCUCCAUUGACCAACUCAGUCCACUGUUGCCAUGGCUCUCUGGCUCCAAACAGCUGCUCUGCUCAUCGUGAUGGCUCUGUCCACCAUGGGCGGCGACGCCGCCACCGCCCAACACCUGUGCGGGUCGCACCUGGUGGACGCACUGUACCUGGUGUGUGGAGACCAGGGCUUCUUCUACAACCCAAAGAGAGAUGUGGACCCACUUCAGGAAUUCCUGCCCCCCAAAUCCAGCCAGGACAACGAGGUGGCAGAGUACCCCUACAAAGACAUGGAAGAAACCAUGCUCCAGAGAAGGGGGAGUGUGGAGAGGAGAGGGAUUGUGGAGCAGUGCUGUCACAGGCCCUGCAGUGUUUUCGAGCUUCAAAACUACUGUAACUCUCUCCAAAACUGAAUCACUCCAAGCAACGUGCAGCAUGUGAUGAAAGAAAGAGAAGGCAAAUGGCCUUGUCCAUGCUUUUAAUAAAUCAAUGAGAGGUUGAGUCAUUAGGAGAACCAUGUCAGCCAUUUAAUAAAGCUUUUAUCAUGCUUU